UGUCUCUGUAGUGUCUAAACUUGACCACAAGGAGGCAGUAUAAUACUGUCGAUUCAGCCACCCGGCUUGGAUUGAAACGUCACUUCCGUUUCCAUUUCAGAAGGGGAAAAAAGCUAAAUAUUGCCUGCAAAAGACAGUUUGACACAAAGAGGAAAGACAGGAGCGUUUAUCUUUGUCAACUACGAUGGAGGAGUACAACUCUGGAGAUGAUGUCCUCUUCAACACAGAUGAGAACAGCGCUUUAGUCAAAGAGUGCAUCGAGGGUGUCAUCGGUGGUACCGACUACGACCACAGUAAAGUCAACCAGUGGACGGCCAGCAUAGUGGAGAAUUCGCUGACUCAUCUGGUCAAACAGGGGCGGGCGUUCAAAUUCAUUGUAAACUGCGCCAUCAUGCAGAAAAGCGGCGCUGGGCUCCACACAGCCAACUCCUGCUACUGGGACACCGCGACUGAUGGGAGCUGCACCGUCAGGUGGGAGAACCGCACCAUGUACUGCAUCGUCAGCGUGUUCGCCGUGGCGCUGUAAUGCCACCGCCCGCCUCCGAACUUCUCCGCUUUCCGCCCGCAAACAAGAAAACAACAGGAGCGGCCCGUUGGAGCUUUUUAUGGACCACAGUUGUGUUGGGGUUCCGGUUCUGAUGACCGACCUCUCAGAUGUGACCGGCGCGUUCUGUUUGUUCUGCAUGUUGAUAACUGAUCUGAUAAUUGUAACCUGUCAGCCAGCAGACAUCCGAGGACCCAAUACCUGCAACAAGACAUGAAAGCACUCGCAUCCAUUAAGCUGGACUUCCUGUUUACUGUUUAUUAGCUGGUGUUUGUUUGUUGUUUUUUUGUGCAGCCCAUCAUAAAUGUACUGAUAUCAAAGCUUUAAGUGUAGAUUCAAAAACUUAGGACUGAACUCUCUUUUAAGGAGAAUUUUAUUGUUACUUUUAUUAAAAUAUUUUCAUCAUUCCUGUUGUUUUAUUUUGUGUUUGUAAUAAUCGUGUAAAUGUCUCUUAUUUAUAAUCUUUAAUAAAUCCGUUUAUUCAUUU